CCCCGCGGGCCAAGAUGGCGGCGCCCGAGGCGCGCACGGUGCUGGUGCGGGGCCUCCCCGCCGGAGCCACCGCCGCGCUCCUGGAGCGGCUCUUCGGGCACCUGGGGCCGGUCCGCCGCUGCUUCGUGGUCACCGAGAAGGGCUCCCCGAAGUGCCGCGGCUUCGGCUACGUGACGUUCUCGCUGGCCGAGGACGCGGCGCGGGCGCUGCGGGAGCCCCCCGCGCUGGGGGGGCGCCGCCUGCCCGUGAGCCCCGCCCGGCCACGGGCCCGGCCCGGCGGCAAGGACAGGGACAGGGACAGGGACAGCGACAGCCGCGGGGCGCGGGCCGAGCGCGGAGAGCCCCCCCCGGACCCCCCCCGGGCCAAGAGGCCGCGGGGCCCCUCCCGCAAGGCACGGCUGAUCCUGCGCAACCUCAGCUUCCAGUGCUCCGAGGAGGAGCUCCAGGCUCUCUUCACCCCCUUUGGCCCCGUGGUGGAGCUGAACCUGCCGCGGAAGCCUGACGGGACCCCGAGGGGCUUCGCCUUCGUCCAGCUCCGGAACCUGCGGGAGGCGGCUGCGGCGCUGGGGGGGCUCAACGGGGCCCAGCUCCGAGGGCGGCCCCUGGCUGUGGACUGGGCCGUGGCCAAGGACAAGUACCAGGGGACACAGGGACCCCCGAAAACGCCUGAGGGCGAGGAGAAAAAAAAACAAGAGGGAGAGGAAGGAAAGGAAGAGGAGGAUGAGGAAGAAGAAGAGGAAGAGGACGAAGAGGAGGAGGAAGAGGAGGAAGAGGCUGCCCAGCCACCCCGGCAGACCCCAAAAAGGGGAUCAGGGCUCAGAGCUGGGCUGGGGCACAGGAAAAACAAGGAGGUAGAGGAGGCUGAGGAGGAAGAAGAUGAAGAAGAGCAAGAGGAAGAUGAGGAAAAAGAAGAAGAUGAGGAUGAGGAGGAUGAAGAGGAUGAGGAGGAUGAAGAGGAUGAGGAGGAUGAAGAGGAUGAGGAUGAGGAAGAGGAGCCCCCCCGGCAGCGCCGGCAGCGCCCGUCGGACGUGGGCGAGGGCAGGACCGUGUUCAUCCGGAACCUCUCGUUCGACACCGAGGAGGAGGAGCUGGAGGAGAGCCUGGGCCAGUUCGGGGGGCUCUGCUACGUCCGGCUGGUGCUGCACCCCCAAACCGGGACCCCCAAAGGCUCUGCCUUUGCCCAGUUUGAGACCCCCGAGGGGGCCCAGAAGUGCAUCGAGGCUGCUCAGGAGAGGCCCGAGGGCGGGGGGCUCCGCCUGGGGGGGCGGCUGCUGCACGUGGACCCCGCCCUGAGCCGAGAGCAGGCCCGGGGGCUCCCGGGGGGCGCGGGGGGACCCCGGCCCCGAGGCGGCACCAGGAACCUCUACCUGGCCCGGGAGGGGGCCAUCCGCCCGGGCUCCCGCGCUGCCGAGGGUGUCAGCGACUCGGACAUGGCCAAGCGGGCGCGGUUCGAGGAGCUGAAGCGGCGGCGGCUGCAGGACCCCAACGUGGGCGUGUCGCGGACGCGGCUGUGCCUGCACAACCUGCCCAAGGCGCUGGACUCGGCCCGCCUGCGCGCCCUGCUGCGGGCUGCCCUGCGCGGCCCCGCGGGCACCGCGCCCCGCAUCGCCGAGUGCCGGGUGAUGCGGGAGCUGCGGGGCCAGGGCAAAUCCUUGGGGUUUGCCUUCGUGGAGUUUGGGGAGCACGAGGAGGCGCUGGGGGCCCUGCGGCGCCUCAACAACAACCCCGAGCUCUUCGGGGCCCACAAGCGCCCGAUCGUGGAGUUUGCGCUCGAGGACCGGCGGAAGCUGCGGCUGCGGGAGCAGAGGAUCCAGCGGGGGCUGGCCAAGGCCAAGGCCAAGGCGGCUGCAGGACCCCCAGAGGGUCCCCAGGGAGUCCCGGGUCCCCCCCAGGGGCAGCCAGCCCCCCCCCAGGGGCAGCCAGCCCCCCCCGCGGGCUCGGGGGGCCCCCCGGCCGCCCCCCAGCCCCCCUCGGGGCCGCCCCCCGGGACCCCCUGGGCCGGGUUCCGCACGCAGGGCCCGGGGCUCAGGGGGGCUCCCGGCGCCCCCCGCACCAAGGUGCUGGCCCUGCCCUCGCACCGCGGCCCCAAAAUCAGGAAACGGGACAAGGGGAAGGCUCCGCCGCCCCCCAAGCCCCCCAAAGCCCCCAAGGCCUCUCGGCGGCGGGAGAAGCUCCGGGUGCCCCCUCCCCAGGGCCAGCGGCGGCGCCGGGGGGGCCCCGGGGGGGCCGAGGCGCGCUUCCAGGAGCUGGUGGAGAGGUACAAGAGGAAGAUUCUGGGGAGCACCCCCCCCGCGGCCCGCGGGGCAAAGUGGUUCGAGAGCUGAGCACCCCAAAACCCCCCUGGCACCCCAAAACCCCCCUGGGGGUGCCAGGGGUCCCAAACCUUACGGGGGGGGCUUUGGGGUGCUGCCCCCACGCGCUCUGGGGGGGCUGGGGGUGGGACCCGGCCCUGGAUCCCUCCUGGCUCCCCCCGGGAUUUGGGGUGCCCCCCCCGUGGCUCUGUGUCUUCCUGGGUUUUAAUAAAAAUGGGUUUUUGAGGAAAA